AUGGGCAGGGCGGUCAUCGUUACGGGUGCUUCUGCGGGCAUUGGCCUGGGCAUUGCCCUGAAAUUUCUCAACGAGGGCGACGAUGUUGUGCUUGUUGGAAGAAGCUUGGAUCGUCUCAAGUCUGCCAUCCCCGAGAUCUUUGAGGCAAAGGGCAAGGCCCUGUUUCUAGCGCAGGAUGUCUCAACGCUGGAGGGCUGCAAAGCAAUCAUCGAGGAAGGGGUGAAACUGCUGGGAGGUCGAUUGGACGCUCUUGUGAACAAUGCGGGUGCCUACAGCGUCAGCAAGGCUGCCGUUGACAUGCUGACUAAGGCAUCAGCACUGGAGCUUGCGCCAAAGGGGGUCCGAGUAAACGCCAUCAAUCCAGGGACAGUGCAGACCGGCAUCUUCACAACAGCAGGCUUCACGCAAGAACAGGCUGCUGCUUAUAUGGUCAAAUCUGCAGGGGUCACCCCUCUCGGUCGCGUGGGCACCCCUGAAGACGUGGCAGAGCUGUGCUACUUUCUGACUGACAAGGCCAAGUCUGGCUGGCUCACAGGCCAGUGCAUUGUGCUCGACGGUGCCGGCAAGUUUGGGCUCUUCCUAGAGAACAUAACACCGGAGCAGUGGGCGACCCACAUGGACCUCAACGUCAACUCUGUCCUCUACCUGACACAGCUGGCCAUUCCCCUGCUGGAGGCAAGCAAUCAUAUCCUCAUACCAAACCCAUUUGUUCAAUGUUCGAAUUCGGGAUGUCCUGUGUCAGGAAAUCAUGCGUCCAAGGGUAGCAUUGUGAACAUUUCCAGCAUUGCGGGUCAGAGGCCUGUACGUGGAGCUGCUGCCUACUGCGUGAGCAAGGCUGCUGUUGACAUGCUGACCAAGGCAUCUGCGCUCGAGCUUGCACCAAAGGGCAUCCGAGUGAAUGCCAUCAACCCGUCAACAGUGGAGUCCAACUUCUUCACAACCGCUGGACUGUCGCAAGAGCAAGCCAAGGCUUACAUGGUCAACUCAGCCACGGGUCACCCCAUUGGCCGAGUGGGAGUGCCUGCUGAUGUGGCGGAGCUGUGCUAUUUUCUGACAGACAAUGCCAAGUCUGGAUGGCUCACAGGGCAAUGCAUCCUGCUUGAUGGCGGCCGCCUGCUGCCAAUUCCUAUGGCUAACUGA